AUGGUGGCCAAUAUGAUCUCCAAUGGGCUGUUGCUCGUGCAGCUCUUCGCAGCUCUGGCUUUGGGAAAGCCCUCGUCUACUCCUCUCUACAAAGAUGCCAGUGCCCCGGUUGAAAAAAGAGUGAAGGAUUUGCUGGGCCGGAUGACGAUUGAAGACAAAAUGGGUCAAUUGAUUCAAGGCGAUGUCACAAAUUGGAUGAAUUCGACCACCGGAGCCUUCAACUACACCGGUCUGGUAACCAACAUGGAGAUGAAGGCGGGAAUGUUCUAUGUUGGAUAUCCUGUCGCAUGGGAUUGGAUUGCGGACAAUAUCAAAAGAGGCCAAGACUAUUUGCUCCAAAACACAACCUUGGGAAUUCCUGCUAUUGUGCAGACUGAAGGAAUCCACGGCUUUCUGAUUGGAAAUGCUACCAUCUUCAACUCACCCAUUGCAUACGGAUGCUCCUGGAACUUAGAUCUCAUUGAAAAGAUGGCUGAGAUCAUCGCACAAGAAGCCAAGGCUCUCGGUGUCAACCAACUAUUUGCUCCUGUUGUUGAUCUCGCCCGUGAGCCUCGAUUUGGUCGUGUCGAAGAAACAUACACCGAGGACCCUUAUCUCGCUGGCGAAAUCGGCUACCACUACGUCAAGGGAGUGCAAAGCAAGAAUGUCUCCUCUAUGGUUAAGCAUUUUGCCGGCUUCAGUGUCCCCGAACAGGGAAUCAACACCGGUCCGGUUCACGGUGGCGAGCGAGAGCUUCGCACGACCUGGCUUCCUCCAUUCAAGCGGUCUAUCAUUGAUGCAGGCGCUUGGUCUAUCAUGGCUGCGUAUAACUCAUAUGAUGGCAUUCCCGCCGUUUCCGAUUACCACACACUCACGGAGAUCUUAAGAGAAGAGUGGGGCUAUGAAUAUUUCGUUAUGACAGAUGCUGGUGGCAGUGACCGAAUCUGCAGCUACUUCCACCUGUGUGAGAGUGAUCCAAUUGACAUGGAAUCUGUCACUACCCAGAUUCUGACCGCUGGAACCGAUGUGGAGAUGGGAGGUGGCUCAUUCAAUUUCCAGAAGAUCCCCGACCUUGUCGAGUCCGGCAAGCUUGAUAUCGCGGUCGUCGACACUGCUGUCUCCAGAUUGCUUCGGGCUAAGUUCGAGAUGGGUCUCUUUGAAAACCCAUACCCUGCUGCACCGGAGAACCAAUGGAAGAAGCUUAUUCACAGCGAUAAAGCCGUGAAGCUUGCGAGAGAGUUGGACAAGGAGUCCAUCGUCUUGCUGGAGAACCACAAUGAGACUCUACCCUUGAAGAAGUCUGGCAACAUCGCCGUCAUUGGCCCCAUGGCUCAUGGCUACAUGAAUUACGGCGACUAUGUCGUGUACAAAAGCCAGUUUAGAGGAGUCACACCCCUCGACGGCAUCAAAGCAGCAGUAGGCGACAAAGCCCAGAUCCACUACGCACAGGGAUGUUAG